GCAACAAGCAACAAAAUGGGCUGCGCUAUUUCCAUCGUAAAGUACAUCCUUUUCCUGUUCAAUUUCAUUUUUGUGCUUGCAGGUAUCGCACUACUGACAAUUGGGAUUCUGAUAAAGCUGCAAAUUGGUGAAAUUGGAGAAGUUCUUGACUCAAAGACAAAUACUCCUGCUAUACUACUCAUAGUUAUUGGCAGUAUUAUUCUUGUGAUCUCAUUCUAUGGAUGCUGCGGAGCAAUCAGAGAGAGUCAUUGUAUGGUCACAACGUAUGCUGUGUUCCUCCUGACAGUACUGGUUCUGCAAAUUGCAAUUGCUGUUCUUGCUUUUGUAUACGGUGGUGAUACGGAUGCUGUUCUAAAACAAACUCUUUAUGAUUUUGUUCAUGACUACAGUACAAACGAAAGUAGUCAGAAAGCAAUGGAUGCGCUCCAGAAUAGUCUAGAAUGCUGUGGAGCAGAUGGACCAGGAGAUUAUUUGAAGACAGGCGUGUUAAACUUGCCAUCUUCUUGUUGCAAACAAGGUGACAUUUGUAGAAUUGGAAUUCUUAAUACAGCACCUUACUACACUACUGGCUGUCUUGAGGCUAUGGAGAGCUUCUUGAGCUAUGCAGGACACAUAAUGGGUGGUAUUGCAAUUGGAGCAGCUGUUGUUGAGAUUGUUGGAAUAGUAUUUGCUCUUUGCUUGGCCAGCUCAAUCAAAAAUGAGGCUCGAAGAAGAGAUGUUUAACUUCUUGUUCAAAAGAAAUAUGUGAAACUGUUG